GGGAGGAGCAGGAUGCAGCGACAGAGGACGGAGAUCCAUCGCUGAGAGAGCCAAGAUGUCAGAGGUGGAUCUCCUCAACAUUCUGGAUGAUUUAAGAAACGAUGAAUUCAAGAACUUCAAGUGGCACCUGAAGCAUGAAAAGGUGGACGACAUCAAGCCCAUCAAAGUGAACCUGCUGUCAAAGGCAGAGAGGCGGGACGUGGUGGACCUGAUGGUGCAGAAAUAUGAACUUGCUGGAGCUGUGGAGGUUUUGGAGAGCAUUUUAAAGAAGAUCAGCAGGAAUGAUCUGGUGAGCGAGUUGUCAACCAUAAGCUCAGGAGCAGAAGGAACUGAUGAAGCAGGAAGUGAAACCCUCCUCAACGAGAUCUACACUGAGGUCUACAUUUCAGAGGGAAAGAGUGAAGAUGUCAAUACUCAACAUGAGGUGUGGCAGCUUGAAACAGCUUCCAAGAUGGAGACCCUCCAGGACACUCCCAUCAAGUGUCAGGACAUCUUUAAACCCUUACCCAACCACCAGAAAUACAUCAGAGUGUCCAACCCCUCCCAUCUGAGAGACCUGGAUCUGAGUGGAAACAAGCUGCAGGAUUCAGGAAUGAAGUUGCUCUGUGGUUUUCUGGAGAGUCCAGACUCUGUGAAGUCCAACCCCUCCCACCUGAAAUCGCUGGAUCUUAGACUCAACGACCUGAAGGAUUCAGAUGUGAAGCAGCUGUUUGAUCUUCAGGCGAGUUCAGGCUGCAGACUGGAGACUCUGAGGAGGAAGCUGGACCAACCUGAACCCAGCUGUGUGUCUAUGAAGAGUGAUUGGUCUAUGGAUCCUCCUUAUAACUUCAAAGAUGGACGCCACUCUGAUGAUCACAGACAAAGUUCUCUGAGCAGCGUUCACACUCACACAAAGAAGUUCCAGUGUCUGUUUGAGGGGAUCGCUAAAGCAGGAAACCCAACCCUUCUGAAUGAGAUCUACACACCGCUCUACAUCACAGAGGGGGGGACUGCAGAGGUCAAUGAUGAACAUGAGGUCAGACAGAUUGAAACAGCAUCCAGGAAACGAGACAGACCAGAAACAACAAUCAGACAAGAAGACUUCUUUAAAGCCUCACCUGGAAGAGAUGAACCAAUCAGAACAGUGAUGACAAAGGGAGUGGCUGGCAUUGGGAAAACAGUCUUAACACAGAAGUUCACUCUGGACUGGGCUGAAGACAAAGCCAACCAGGACAUACACUUCACAUUUCCAUUCACUUUCAGAGAGCUGAAUGUGGUGAAAGAGAAAAAGUACAGCUUGGUGGAACUUGUUCAUCACUUCUUUACUGAAACCAAAGAAGCAGGAAUCUGCAGGUUUGAAGAGUUCCAGGUUGUGUUCAUCUUUGACGGUCUGGAUGAGUGUCGACUUCCUCUGGACUUCCACAACAAUAAGAACCUGACUGAUGUUACAGAGUCCACCUCAGUGGAUGUGCUGCUGACAAACCUCAUCAGGGGGAAACUGCUUCCCUCUGCUCACCUCUGGAUAACCACACGACCUGCAGCAGCCAAUCAGAUCCCUCCUGAGUGUGUCAGCAUGGUGACUGAGGUCAGAGGGUUCACUGACCCACAGAAGGAGGAGUACUUCAGGAAGAGAUUCAGAGAUGAGGAGCAGGCCAGCACCAUCAUCUCUCACAUCAAGACAUCACGAAGCCUCCACAUCAUGUGCCACAUCCCAGUCUUCUGCUGGAUCACUGCUACAGUUCUGGAGGAUGUGUUGAAAAGCAGAGAGGGAGGAGAGCUGCCCAAGACCCUGACUGAGAUGUACAUCCACUUCCUGGUGGUUCAGUGCAAACUGAAGAACAUCAAGUAUGAUGGAGGAGCUGAGACAGAUCCACACUGGAGUCCAGAGAGCAGGAAGAUGAUUGAGUCUCUGGGAAAACUGGCUUUUGAGCAGCUGCAGAAAGGCAACCUGAUCUUCUAUGAAUCAGACCUGACAGAGUGUGGCAUUGAUAUCAGAGCAGCCUCAGUGUGCUCAGGAGUGUUCACAGAGAUCUUUAAAGAGGAGAGAGGGCUAGGACAUAAAACAGUCUACAGCUUUGUUCAUCAGAGCGUUCAGGAAUUUCUGGCUGCAGUCUACAUGUACCACUGUUACACCAGCAGGAAGACAGAGGUACUGAAGGACUCCCUGGGAGGAUACUACCAUAACUCAUUUCUGGAGUAUUUUCUAAUGGAAGUCAUGGAUAAAUCCUUCAAAAGUAAAAAUGGCCACCUGGACCUGCUUGUCCGCUUCCUUCAUGGCCUCUGUCUGGAGUCCAACCAGAGUCUCUUAGGAGGCCUGCUGGGUCAGACAGACAGUCCAGUAACCAUCCAGAGCAUCAUCGACAACCUGAAGGAGAUGAACAGUGACAAGUAUUACUUUUAUCAUAAUGGUAGUCCCUGGAUCCCUCCUGACAGAUGCAUCAACAUCUUUUACUGUCUGAUGGAGAUGAACGACUGCUCAGUGCAUCAGGAGAUCCAAGAGUUCCUGAAGUCAGAGAACAGAUCAUAUCCAGAUAUCCACUGCUCAGCUCUGGUCGACAUACUGCAGAUGUCAGAGGAGGUUCUGGAUGAGUUGGACCUGCAGAAGUUCAAAGCAUCAGAGGAGGGACGACAGAGACUGAUCCCAGCUGUGAGGAACUGCAGAAAGGCUGUACUUUCUGCCUGUGGACUCUCAGAGACCGACUAUAAACAUGUGGCCUCAGCUCUGAAGUCCAACCCCCAUCUGACAGAUCUGGACCUGAGUGAAAACUACCUGUUUGAUUCAGCAGUGCAGCUGCUGUCUGUUGGACUGGAGAGUCCAAACUGUCGACUUGAGACUCUGAGAUUGCGUGACUGCAGUUUGUCAGAGAAGAGCUGUGCUUCUCUGGUCUCAGCUCUAAAGGGCAACCCCUCCCAUCUGAGAAAGCUGGAUCUGAGUAACAACAAGCUGCAGGAUUCAGGAGUGAAGCUACUGACUGGUUUUCUGAAGAGUCCAGACUGUAGACUGGAGGCUCUGAGGUUGAAGGGCUGCAGUUUGUCAGAGAUCAGCUGUGCUUCUCUGGCCUCAGCUGUGAAGGGCAACCCCUCCCACCUGAGAGAGCUGGAUCUGAGUAACAACGACCUGAAGGAUUCAGAUGUGAAGCAGCUGAUUGAUCUUCAGCAGAGUCCAGACUGCAGACUGGAGUAUCUGGGCCUGUCAGGAUGUCUGAUCACAGAGGAAGGCUGUGCUUCUCUGGCCUCAGCUCUGCGGUCCAACCCCUCCCAUCUGAGAGAGCUGGACCUGAGCUACAAUCAUCACCUGCAGGAUUCAGGAGUGAAGCAGCUUUCUGCUGGACUGGAGAGUCCACACUGUGAACUGAAGACUCUCAGGUUGAAUAACUGCAGUUUGACGGAGAUCAGCUGUGUUUCUCUGGCCUCAGCUCUGAAGGACAACCCCUCCCAGCUGAAAGUGCUGGAUCUGAUACUCAACGACCUGAAGGAUUCAGACGUGAAGCAGCUGUUUGAUCUUCAGGCGAGUUCAGGCUGCAGACUGGACACUAACCAGACCUUAACCACAGUGCUGAGGAAGCUGGACCAACCUGAACCCAGCUGUGUGUCUUUGAACAGUGAUUGGUCUAUGGAGCUUCCUUAUAAGUUCAAAGAUGGACGCCACUCUGAUGAUCACAGACAAAGUUCUCUGAGCAGCGUUCACACUCAUACAGUCAGACACAUUGAUACUGGGAGCUGCCCAGUACAACCAGUCUCAUACAACCACACACUGGUUGUUGCUGCCUUCAGCAGUGUGCAGCGAGGGAGGCAGAGCUUCAUGGAGGGUUGCUGA